UAUACAAGUGGCCUUAAAAUGUAGCUUAAUUUACGUCCCGUGUUAGCGUAUGUGAUAGGCCUAUUAUUUGAGCUGGAUCAUGACAUUAGGCUAAACAGGUGAUAUGUUCUCUCAUUAGUUUGAAAUCUGGGAUUGGCCACCUGUUUGCUCCUUCCCCAGCUGUUUUUAGCAUCUAUUAAUUUUAAAAAGGAAGGAGGGGAAAAUAGGCUAUCCAUUUUUGUCAUAUACAUUGCUCUAAGGAACAUCAGGGACGCCGGCAGGAAUGAAUGUUGUGGUAGGGCCCACGCACAACCAUACAGAAUUGUGGGAAUCACGAUAUGGACAUAUAGAAAUCCAGAUAAAACAUUAUUUAGCCUAAUCUCAAUUAGGCUAUGCCAUUUUGUCAUAGGAUAAACUAAAUUAAUUAAACACGAAAAUGAAUGUUAGCCUAUGACCACCUGUCAUUGCAGCAAGAGAGGAGAUCUUUGCUUCCAGAUGUUUUUCUCCUGCUUUUAGUCAAAUGAGCGCAUGUUUUAGUAAUAGGGAGGCAUGAUUUAAUAAAAGGAGCGUUAAAUUGUGUAUCUUAUGGGGAGCGCAUCAUUUAGUAGGCUAGACUACAAUAAGCGCAUUAUAAUACUAUGAGUGUAGGCCUACUAUUUAAUAGAUAAGCUCCCGGACUUGACGCUCAAAAACAAUGAUAAGGCUCUAAACUUUGGCGUCUCUCGACGCGCGUCAGACUUCUGCCCCCUUAAAAUAUGAGUGAGAGAAAGAGAGCGCGCAUGAAUGUGUCGGUGUGGCUAUGCAUGUUCAUUUGAGAACAUGCUCUCAGUGGAUACGCUCAUCAUUUUAAUUAUAAGCACCGCCAGUGUGUUUGCUGUUGGGUGGCACAAUCCUUCCCCAAUCAUUUUUGGGCGGAUAGGACAUAACGUGACACUUAAUACUCAUGUUAAAGCCUCUGGGAGCUCGACGUUCACCUGGUACCGACAGAAACUCAGUGGAGAAAUUGAAAUGAUUCAUUCUGCUUCGUGUGAGAACAAAUUACAUUACACGGUGGGCAUGUCAGACGGUAUAGGAUUUAUGACGAUCUACAACACACUUGUGACAGAUUCCGGGAGUUAUUUCGCAGUAUCUAGGGCGAGAAAGACCAAGGCUUUUUUAGGCACUUCAUACGUGAACUUAGCUGUCACAGAUCACACUCCGCUUAUUCGUCUGUUCUAUGGGUCCGGAAUCGCCAAGACGCACGUUUUCCAGUGUGAGAUAGUGGGAGCGCGCGCUGACUGGAGUAACCCUUACUGGGAAAUAACAGAAAAUGGACAUGUGAGAAAAAUGAAAGGAGUUGGAAGUGGAGGAAUAGAUGCGGACGGUCGCUUCACACGAUGGUCUGUGGUUACAUUGAGCUCAGACAAGUCGUUCUCUUUGACCUGUCUUUCUAGCCACAAUCACACUACAAACAUGAUCAAAACCGGUACAAUUGACAUGUCCAAAGGUGCGUCUGUGUGCGUUUUCACCUACUUUCUGAUCACACUGGCUUGUGUUCUGAUUCUGCUCACAAUGGUGCUGACUGUGCUUUCGGCCUGGAGGAUCCGCCAACGUAGGCUUGAAAGAGAUGGUUAAAAGGCAGCCUUUCGGCAACUUUCACCUUAAUAUAGGCCAUAUUAUUGUUGUUGUUUUUAUUAUAUUAUCAUUAUUAUUGUUGUUGUUGUUAUUAAUGUUGUUUAUUUACCUUAUAUCCAGGCCUAUCGAAAAUGUAGCCUAACACUGAUUGCUGAAAAUAAAUACGAUUUCUUCA